GAUCCAUGGCUAAGAAUGCUGUUUCAUGGUUUACUACAUUUUGUUCUUAUUUUUUGAUUGGUCGUGGAGUUGAAGCUUCUCAACCAAUUUGUAAGAGCCUGCAAAACGAUCAACCAUAUAGAACUGGUUAUCAUUUCCAACCUUCCAGGAAUUGGAUGAAUGAUCCUAAUGGGCCUAUGAUUUACAAUGGAAUAUACCAUCUAUUCUAUCAAUGGAGCACUUCUGGUUCAGUUUGGGGUGAUAUAGUGUGGGCUCAUGCGACAUCAACCGAUCUCGUCAACUGGAUUCACCAUAAACACGCGAUUGUCCCAUCCGAAGCAUUUGAUAUCGAAGGUGUUUGGUCAGGUUCAGUAACAUUCGUAGAACGGAAGCCGAUUAUUCAAUACACGGGUAUUAUCAAGUCGAAUCAAUGGAACUACCAAGUUCAGGAUAUGGCAGUGCCGAAGGACUUGUCGGAUCCUUACCUUAUUGAAUGGGUUAAACCAGUGGAACACAAUCCUGUAAUUGCACACAUUGAAGGUAUCAAUGCUAGUGCAUUUAGGGAUCCAACCACUGCUUGGCAAGGUCCUGAUGGAAUCUGGAGAGUGACAAUAGGAAGCAAAGUAGAAAACGAUGGAGUCGCGUUUUUAUUCCGAAGUGAUGAUUUUAUUACAUGGACGAAAGCAGAACAACCACUACAUUCGGCUAAAGAAACUGGAAUGUGGGAGUGCCCAGAUUUCUUUCCAGUAGCGGUUGACGGAAUGGAGGGUGUGGAUACUUCAGUUAUGGGUCCUAGUGUCAAACAUGUGUUCAAGGUGAGCUUGGAUGAUACCAAACAUGAUUACUAUACAAUUGGGACUUACGACCAUGAAAAGGAUAAGUAUACUCCAGAUGAGGGAUCCAUCGAUAAGGAUUCCGGUUUGAAGUUUGAUUACGGUAAGUUUUACGCUUCGAAAACAUUCUUUGACAAUGAAAAGAACAGGAGAGUAUUGUGGGGUUGGGUAACAGAAUCUAGUAGUGUAGAAAAUGAUGUGAAGAAAGGUUGGGCCGGACUACAGGCAGUUCCUCGAACACUAUGGCUAGCAGAAAAUGGCAAACAAGUGAAGCAAUGGCCUGUUGAAGAGAUAAAACAACUACGCACUGGACGAGUUUCUUUACCUAGCAAAGUUCUUGCAGGGGGUUCCGUGACGGAAGUUCCUGGUCUAACAGCAUCACAGGCAGAUGUGGAUGUAAUAUUUGAACUUCCAAAGUUGGAAGAUGUUGAUAUUAUGGACCCUAGUUGGGUCGAUAACCCACAACUACUUUGUAGUUCAAUGCCAGCAUCAGUGAAAGGGAAGUCUGGGCCGUUUGGUUUGUUGGCCUUGGCUUCUAAGAACUUUGAAGAACAGACAGCCAUUUUCUUCAGGGUAUUCAAUCAUCAAAACAAAUAUUUUGUGUUCAUGUGCAGUGACCAGAGCCGGUCAUCUUUGGAAGAAAGCAACGAAAAAACCACUUAUGGAGCUUUUAUUGAUUUUGACCCUGAGCAUGAUAAGCUAUCUCUAAGGAGCUUGAUUGACCACUCAAUAGUGGAGAGCUUUGGCGUCGAAGGAAAAGUUGUUAUAACUGCUAGAGUGUAUCCAAAAUUGGCUAUUGAUAACGAAGCUCAGCUUUAUGUAUUCAAUAAUGGAACUGCAAAUGUUAAGAUGUCAAGUCUGGAGGCAUGGAGUAUGAAGAAAGCUGAAAUCAAGUAUCUUGAAGAAUUGAAAACUUCUGAUAGCUAAGUCCAAGACGGAACUUCAGUGUUUGAGUUCCCGAAACCGGCAAUCCGCAAUGAGCCCCUGGGCCUUUUCCAUAUAUACUAUUUAUUUCGAUUUUACAUUCUCAAUGUACGUAUUGUUAAAUAAAUUUUCUUUUCUGGCACCAACUAGGGAUAGUGUGCCUCGUUGGCUAGACUGACUUCAUAUUUGAGGUCACUACAUGUUCAAAACAAAAUUUAUUUCGGGGUCUUUGUGGCUGCUUCCUCUGAUUUGUAAGCGUUUUGGUUGAGUUCUGUCAAAUUCAAUAACACAAUGUUA